GUAAUUCGAGUAAACUCUAUCAAAAUCGAAUCUCCAUAAAAUCAGGAGUAAAAUCGUAAAAUCUCAAUUUUAUAGUAAACUCGUUUGAUAUCUUGAUUUUACUUUCAAAGAUUGAAGAAGAUGCUUCCAUAAAUUCAAACAUUAAUUUGACCUUUGAUCUUCUUUAGGUUUGCCGCAGGGGAGGGAGAAAUUGGACUGAUGUGGUGCCGCUACUCACUGUUGUUGCUCACGCUGCUACUUGCUGCUCACUACUCAAGUAAAGAAGUUGCUGGCCGGACGAAAAUCUAUUUGGUAAGUGGUGACCCAAAUCAUCUGGAGAUGUCAAUUAAGGGGAUUGUUAAAGAAACUGGGUUUUCUAAAUUUUGCAACUGUGGAGAAUUAAAAUUGAAAUGAAGGGAUGAAGAAGAGAGAGUAAGAGGAAAGAAAGAUGCAGUAGGGUGAGAAUGAUGAUGAAGAUGAAGAUGAAGUUGAAGAAGAAGAAGGUGACAAUGAUGAGUAGUAACGACUGUUGAUAUAAAAUUUGGGUUUUGUG